AGGGCAGGGAGAUUUGCCCAGACUCUGAUGUGCAGCAGCCUGGCAACCCGUGUGGCCCCGAGGAGACCAGGGGCUUCGGGAGCUUGUUCCAGAGCCCUGGCAGCGGCUUUCACCAUGGGCAACAAGCAGACAGUCUUCACUCAUGAGCAGCUGGAAGCAUAUCAGGACUGCACCUUCUUCACAAGAAAGGAAAUCAUGAGGCUUUUCUAUCGCUACCAGGACCUGGCUCCCCAGCUUGUCCCCCUCGACUAUACCAGCUGUCCUGAUGUGAAGGUGCCCUACGAGCUCAUCGGCAGCAUGCCUGAGCUGAAGGACAACCCAUUCCGCCAGAGGAUUGCCCAGGUGUUCUCUGAUGAUGGGGACGGCCACAUGACCUUGGACAACUUCCUGGACAUGUUUUCCGUGAUGAGCGAAAUGGCUCCCCGUGACCUCAAAGCCUACUAUGCUUUCAAAAUUUAUGACUUCAACGACGACGGCUACAUCUGUGCAUGGGACCUGGAGCAGACGGUGACCAAGCUGACGCGGGGGGAGCUGAGCGCCGAGGAGGUGAGCCUGGUGUGUGAGAAGGUGCUGGGUGAGGCCGAUGGGGAUCACGAUGGGCGGCUCUCCCUGGAAGACUUCCAGAACAUGAUCCUGCGGGCACCCGACUUCCUCAGCACCUUCCACAUCCGCAUCUGAGGGCACCGUGGAGAAGCCGGGUCAGAGGAGGCCGGCGUGACCUGUCACUCCACUGUGGAAUCCGGCCUCCCUGGGUUCUGGGAAUAAACACACGGCACUGAGUCA